AGGGGGCUCUGCCUGUCCUGUGAUGUCACACACGGGGCUCUUGCUGCCCCACACUGUCACAAAGGGGCCUCUGCCCCCCUGCUGGGGUAUAAAAGGGGCCAUGGGAUGCUGUGACACUGUGGACGGGCAUCACCAGGGCCUCUGCCACCCCAGCUGGGUUGGGGACCCUUCAAUGGGGCCCCACAGGUCACCAGGGAACCUCUUCACCAACCUGUGCUGGUGACUGGGAUGGUGCCAUGGAGCUCCUCAACAUCUUCACCCUGGGUGAGCUGGUGGCAGUCACGAUGGUGGUGCUGCAGCUCAUCCUGGUCAUUGCCGUGCUACGGGACAAGUGUCUAUGGAGGAUCCGACAGAACUCAAAGCACGCGAGCACAGCAAGCGGCCAGCCGGAGGGGCAGAGCAACGUGGGCAGAGCACGGAGAUCAGCAGAGAUGGAGCUGCCCCAUGGCAGCUCCCCACGUUGUUCCAUGAGCUCCAGGAAGCAUUUCCCAAGGUUUAUCCGGAGCUGCCAGGACUCCCAGGCGCUCUUCGAGGAGCACCGCACGGAGCUGGAGGCACAGCUGCCCCGGGGGCCGAGGAUGCCGAGGGGCUGCAGGGCGGUCCUGCCCACGGAGCUGGGGCUGCUGGGGGGCAGAGAGUCGCCGCAGGGCCCCAGAGAGGAGCGGCCCAGGGCGGGCACGGCCGAGAAGGACAGAGCCAAGGCCGGGACACGAGGCAGCAGCGAUGCCCCGGAGCUGGAGCGUGACAGCGGCUGCACGGCCAUGGCCUGGUUCAUCCCCGGGGCCGUGCAGAUCGCCGAGGCCGCGGGCUCGGAGGGCACAGGCAGCAGCAGCAGCAGCAGCAGCUCGCUGGGGCUGACCUUCAGCAUGCAGAGCGCGGACCCGUGGUGGGGCCCGCUGCGGCCCCCCGCCCCACGGCCGCUGCCGCAGCCCCCGCGCCGGGACCGGGAGCCAGGCUGGGAGCCGGGCAGGGCCCUGGGCAAGCUCCAUGCCCGGCUCGGGGGGUGCCUGGCAGCCUGGUGCAGCCGCCGCCUCCCUCUGCCCUGCUGCCGCCAACGCUGAGCCCCCAAUGCCCCGUGUG